AUGGCGACGGCUGAGACUAAGGAUGAUGAGGCGGGCAAUGACAAUUAUUAUUUGGAGUUAUCUGUCAAUCCAGUGAGAUUUGAAUCUCUUACUUGUGUCAAUAAUGUUUUUUUUGAUGACUUCAAACAUCAGGUCUUCGCAGUAAGAUCUGGAGGAGUAACAACAGUAACAGGACCAAGCGAUGUAUUUACAUUUAAAAUGGAAGAUAAGGGCCAAGUAAUAUCCAUAAAAUUCUCAGCGGACAUGAAUGUUUUAGCGAUACAGAGAACAUACACAUCUGUAGAGUUCGUUAAUUAUAACCCGGGCACCGGGUUGGAUGUCGUAGAGUAUUCACAAGCUUGUAAAAGUAAAAAUGCUACUAUCCAAGGGUUCGUUUGGACCCACGGCAAUGAAAUUUUGCUGAUAACUGACCAUGGUGUUGAAUUAUUCUCUGUAAAUCCGGCUAAAAGAAGUGUCAAAGCGCUUAAAUCACUGAGCUUAGGCGUUAAUUGGUACGUUUACUGCCCUAGAAGCAACAUGAUUUUAUUAUCUUCCGGUACUAUUGGAAACCAAAUGCAGGCACUGCAUAUAACGCCUGGAAAUUUGCAUAAGAUAACUAAAUUUGAAAUGGAAGCAAUUCCAGCAAAGCCGGGAAAAUUAGCAGUUUCAGAUAGAGAUGUAGUUUUAGCAGUACUGUACGGUACACCGUGCAUUAUUGUUUUAAGACACCAGUACGAAGCUAAUAAAUCCAUCAGUGCUUAUGUUUGUGUUUAUACUGUUCAUAAAUUUGCUAUUAAUGUUGUUGAUAAUCUUAUUAUUGUUCAUCACCAAGCAUCAAAGACAUCAAUGAUAUUUGACAUAAUGUUAGGAGGAGUAAGUGAUGGCACAGUAAUGCAUCAUACAAGUGUAGCAAUACCAAAACCAAUAAAACCCUACAAUCUUAAAGUACAAGGCGCAACUCUAUCCGAACAAGUUAUCCAGCCUUGCCCGCUCUAUUCGGAAAACUGGGUCGUCUUUCAGCCUAAUAUUAUUAUUGACAUAAAACUGGGAUGCUUGUGGUACAUCGAAUUGCAGCUAGAAGCGUUGGUCAAGCUUAUCAAUGAUAAGGUUCAGUUGGUUGAAUUCAUUAUUCAGCGGAAAGACGCAAAACCCAUUUUGUUACAAGUACUGCAGAAUUAUGUUAAUGAUUUGCCUAUGACGCUGAUAGACAUACCAGCUAUCUUUGAUAAAAUUGAUUCUGUUUAUCGGGGUCACUUGGAAAAUGAAAUUCAAAGCCAGAUGGGUACACCUCCGCAAAAUGUAUCUAAAAAUACAGAAACAUUCGAUGACCUUUCGUAUAAAUUAUUGCUGGAUCAAAGUGAUAUGUAUACACAUAUAUUGUCAAAAUUUUCGGCUGAUUUAAUUGAACCAAAAAUGGUUGUUUGGGUGUUACUGGAGUAUAUUCGGUCAUUAGUAGAACAUGGAAUACCAGUCCAACAUUUUAUAUACGAGUUAGUAAUAACGACUUUAGUUCAACGCAAAGCGUACUAUCAGUUGCAUCAGUUGCUCCAGUACCACGUUGUAGCUGACUCAAAACCAUUGGCUUGUUUGCUUUUAUCCUUGGAAAAUUUAUACCCAGCGGCUCAUCAAUUAGCACUGGACAUGCUAAAACGUUUAGGGAGCGCGCAUGAGGAAAUAAUUGAAGUUCUGUUAUCCAAGGGCCAUAUACUUCCUGCCUUGAGGUACGUACGUUCAGUAGGAAUGGCCGACCAGGUAUCAGCCAGAAAAUUUCUCGAGGCCGCUAAAGCGCUCAACGAUCCGACUAUUUUCCAUUCUGUCUAUAAAUUUUUCGAACAACGCAACGUCAGGUUACAUAAUACAACAGCAUUCACCCGCGGGGAGCAUUGUCAGUCUUACGUACAACAUUUUGAACAUUUAUUCCGCGGAAAUGAUGGAGUCCUCAACACUAGUUUCAAUUCGAGCAUGUCUACCAUUUCUCUGCAAGACUAA